CGGUUCUCGAGAGUAAAACAAAUGAUUUUCCAUAAAAUGAACUCGCUGGAAAAAACGAAAGAUGAACGUUAUCCAACAGUCUUAAUAGACAACAAGUUGCACCAAACUUCGAUAUGUACUUCCGCCCAUCCUCUGCGAUGUAUGAAAUACGCGAUCAUCGUCUGAAAAUUACCUCGCAGCGGCAAACAGCGACAAUUAAUAUUUUUUUUACUCUCGAUGCAUGGACGAAUCCAAGAUUUCCUUUUCUACGACAUCGAAUGUAGCGUCUUUCUCGUCGCUCGACGUUCUAAUAACGGGACAAAAUGUAUCAUUACUGUGCCCUAUGUGUAUACUGAACAUCGAUAUAGACAUAUAGCCAUGCCGGAUAAACUGCUUUCUGGAAAGCAAAUCUUUAUUUUUGGCGAUUGGCAAUUACGAAAUUAAACCGGAUCCGUGCAAUUCGACUUUGAUCCGUGUCCUUGACGCGCCUCCGCUCGCGGUUUCGUCCUUAUUCUCUCUACCUCCAGACACACUAUCGAAAUGUCAAUUAAAAAAAGAAAAUACAUACAUACAAGGCAAAUUCCGCGGAAAAUUAUCAAAGAUAUGUCUGGGUGUUCGUCGAAGAUUCUCUCAGCGGACGAUAUCGUUUCCUUGUUUUCUUCUCUUUUUCGUAUCAGCUCAGGAAGAGAGGAAGAUCUGGAUCUGUUACGAGUAACGGGUACUGGUCGACCGUAUUUAAGCGAUCCUCCCGUAAGCAAGCAGAGCUGCGUGUGUGUCAAUAAACGUUGCGUGGGUUUUAAAAAGAAAUCAUAGUAGAAUCCACGCCUAUUUCUUCGGCUUGGUCUGUCCGUGUUCGAAAGCGUUAGACGAAAGUGUGACAAGACGAUUUCGAUCGAAAAGAUGCAUAUCGUCACGGUGAUAUUCGCCGGCAUUGUGAUACUACUAUCGCACGUUGCUACCGCAUCGAGCGAGCAAAGCGCCGUGGCAGAUAGCCAACUGAAAGGGGUCAAAUUGGCAUUAUCACCCACUUCAUCGUUACAAACAGAAACGUAUCAAGACAGCAUCAAUUAUUACAAUUUUCCAAUCGACGAUACGUACAGACCGGUUCAGAACACAAAAUGUCCACUAUGUGACAGCUCGGUCUAUCCCUAUUGCGGAGAAAAAUUGUUGCACGACGCGUGUUGUUGCACCGAUCCCUAUAAUCACGACUUACCCUAUCAAUGUAAAUUAGCAGAUUGCCGAUUUUUGCACGCAAACAGUUGCAGGGAACAUCGAUUAAUCGCAACCUGUUGCUGCAGCGAUGAUUAUCGGUUUUCAUUGAAAAGUUUCCCGAACGCUUAACAAGUGUUAACUGCCAAGCAGGUUUUGCGAAAUCUGUCUAUUUAUUUUCAUCAUUUUAUGUCAUAACAUGGUACAAUAAAAAAGAAAAAAUAUUGUUAACAAGCGAAAACGAACGAAAUCAUCGUAAACUAUCAAGUCACGCGACGUCUAAAGUUGUUAAGAAUUCAUUGUGAUAUUCAUAUCUAGAAAUACCUAAAAGAAAUUAAUCCAUC